AUGCAGGCCCGCCUCCUGUCCCGUGAAACGGGUGACCAUAGUCCCGAUGACCUCUCCGAGUCAGUGAACGCAGACCUCCUCCGUAGCUUCGCCCCAGCACCACAACACCGCUUCAACGGCGAAAUAGCAUCUCAAACGCAUCUCGAAGAGACGGAAGAGCGAGCACGCAGUGUUCGCGCUCAUGGAGCCGGUGUAAGCGGUCUUGCGCUCGAAAAAUUCGACGGGCGCAUUCUCGUGUCUGGUGGCUCAGAAGGUUCCAUCAAGAUAUGGGAUCUUGACGAGGCACCGACCCCCAACCAACGACAUGUCUUCCGUCCGGUGAGCACAAUUGCUCGUUCUACCGGCGGGAAGAAGGUGAAUGGCCACAGUCACGGCAUCACGCAUCUGGCGUUCUACCCCUUCGACCCAGACGCCUUCCUGUCAAGCUCCUACGACAAGUCCCUCAAACUCUGGGCAACGCAACGCUCCGCGCUCACCGCAGACUUCCAUCUCAAUGCCACCAUAUAUUCUCACGCCAUGAGCCCCAUAGCAGACCACCUCCUUGUUUCCUGCGCAACGCAACACUCCAACGUGCGUCUGGUCGACCUCAAAUCCGGAUCCGCAGUCCAGGCACUCGUUGCCCACGGCGGCCCUGUCCUCUGCACAUCAUGGAGCCCGCGACACGAGCACAUCCUCGCCAGUGGUCAUGCCGACGGCAAAGUGCGCGUCUGGGACAUCCGGCGUGCCGGCGGUGUCAUUGCACAGCUCGACCAAGAAGAUUCAUUGGGUGUUCUUCACCGGUUUCGGCACGCGACAGCCUUGGACCAGGACUGGAGUAGUAUGCCGCACUUUCGGACAUCUGCCCAGGCGCACGAUGAGGCCGUGAACGGGUUACAAUGGACAGACGAUGCCAAGUACAUUGUGUCGGCAGGGUUGGACCGUAAGAUCCGAGUCUGGGAUGCGGGCACGGGAGCAAAUACUCUUGCGAGUUUUGGAGCCUUGAUUCAGAAUCGGCAUGCCAAGACUGCUACCAUGGUUGUCACAUCGUCGGGCCUCUCAAAUAGCAAGGAGAUUCUGAUUUGGCCAAACGAUCAGGAGAUAUUGCUGCUUGACCUGCAUGAUGGGAAUGUAAUUACAAGGUUGCGCAGCCCUGGUUCCACCAACCCUGUAGGUCCUCGGGGCGGAGAGUUGGGCAGGAACAGAACAACAACGAUUGUAUGGCGAGGAGCGGGGGGAGGGCCUGGACAGAUCGGAACCGUCAUGGGGGGCGGGAACUCGGUUGGUGCGAUUUACAGUGCUCACCUGGACGGCCAGAUUCGUGCGUGGAUGCCGCAGAUUCCGGGACCGGAGGACAUUGAUGAGACAGAAGACAUUGACGAGGAUGAAGAGACGAGAAGGAGGAAAAGAAAAGCCGUGGACAAUGCGUAUAGAAGUUUGAUGGGUAGACAGAUAACAUUUACUGGCACAAGCCGGUAG